UGUAAGCACACUGUUCCUGUUUGGGCUCCUUUCUCUAUGGCAGAAAGAGAGCUGAGGGCCAGUAUCCUGGAGCUUGCAGAUAAGCGGAUCAUAAGAGAGACAAAGCAGUGCUGUUUCCAGCUGGGACCGGAGGUAGGCUGCUGCAAUUGGAACACUGUUUCGGAGAAGAAAAUUAUAGAAGCUAGGAGACAGUGAAAAACUGACUGAUGCUUUUCUUAAGUCCUCAUUUCUGGCUUCUAGAAUACAAUAUCUCAGUUAGAGUGCAGGCAGUUGUGAAGAGGCAGAGAUGGGCUUUGCAGUAGGAGUGCUGUCGUCAGCGCCACAGAGAUAGAGGAUGAAUGGAGCUCUCCUUCCUAGCACUCCUAUUGCUGUGGAUUUCUGGCAUACCAGGCGAUGCAGCCACAUUCGUCUCUUUUUUCUAUCCCAUAUGCAUAGUGAUCACACCAUGGGGUUGUCUUCAACAUGGAAUCGUCCCCUGUACUGUUCACCAGUAACCGCAAAGAUUCUAAAAUAUAAGCUGCAGGUUAGCAGUGCAUGGAUCAACCCUUUGGAAGUUGGGGAAACCCAUAUGCUGCCUCUGGACGACAAUGGAUUGGAGACCCUCACUGUCACUUUAAUUGAUGCCAACCACUGCCCGGGUUCAGUAAUGUUUUUGUUUGAAGGUUACUUUGGUACAAUAUUGUACACAGGUGAUUUUCGAUACAGCCCUUCUAUGUUGUGUUAUCCACCUCUAAGCAAUAAGAAGAAAAUAGAUGUGUUGUAUUUGGACAAUACAAACUGUGACCCAGAGCAAAAGCUGCCCUCCCGUCUUGAAGCAACCAACAUGAUUAAAGAAAUCAUUGAAAAAUAUCCAUAUCAUGAUAUAGUGAUUGGUGUCUACAAUAUUGGCAAAGAGUCCCUCUUAGUGGACUUAGCUAAAACCUUUAAAACUUGGGUUGUUGUAAGCGCACAAAGACUAGAAUUGCUCCAAAUAUUGGAAAUGGAAAAUGUGUUUACCACAGAAGAAGGCGCUGGCAGAAUUCGCCUUGUGGAUCAAUCAGAAGUUAACUAUAUCAACAUGGUACGUUGGAACAGAGUCUGCCCCACACUGGCCAUUCUCCCUACCAGCCGUAAAGUUAAAAUUUGGCAUAAAGAUGUACAUGCAGUGCCAUACUCUGAUCAUUCAUCCUUUGUAGAACUUCAAGAAUUUGUGUCUAGGCUGGAACCAUCUUCAAUUGUUCCAGUGGUGAAAACUAAAGCAUGUGAAACUUACUUCCAGCAGUACCUUAGCACCAGUAAGCAUGAACAGCAUUGCAUAAAAAUUCCCGAAUCUGUUAAAAACUGUAUGAAGAAGCAAAAUACUUGCUCUGAGGCAAUACAUUUAUUCAAGGCUCCCAAGCGUAAAUAUCUUCCUAAAGGCGUUGUAUUUGAGUCUCCUGUGAAGAGUGCCCAUCCAGCAGACUUAAAUGGACAAAAAAGCCCUCUCAAUAAAUCUUAUAGCGAAAGUAUUCUUCAAGGGCACAAUCUUGUUAAGCCUUCCUUAAAAGAACAGCAGAGAAGGAGCUCACAAUUGCCUUUGACUGAGUCAACCAUGCUGGUACCAGAUACAGAGAGAACUUCCUCCACUUCUAAAAUGACCAGUCCAUCCGGUGAUAACAUGUCUGAAAUGCCAUCUCUUAUCUGUUGGUCCCCUAAGUAUAAAAACGAGACUGUCAUCUCAGACAACCCUCUUUCUUCUGAAAGUCUUAUACAUAAUCCAAGCAAUUCUUCAUUGUUUCAUAAUCGCACCCUGCUGGACUGGAAAGGUAGGGCUAGUUUAUCUAUAUUGCCACUGAAAAAACAGAGCCAUUUUGGACCCCAAUACUUUCAUAUGCAAGUUGAGAGAUACUUAACAAAACAGCGCUUAGACAUAUAAAGAAGCAGGGGAAGGAAAGAACAUAUGUUCAGGUUUUACCUCCAUUUCUAAUAAACGGGUCUUGACAUGACUUGAUUUUCUAUUGUCCAAUAAUAAAAUGUAAAUGUUUACAUUAUGUGACAAAGAUGCAAAGCAUACAAAAGUGUAUGUGUAUAUAUAUAUAUAUAUAUAUAUAUAUAUAUAUAUAUAUAUAUUUAUAUAUUAUAGUAAAAAGAAGGUACAAAUAAAUAGGGUGCAUGCUAGCCUUUUGUGGAUAUCAACCCAUGCAGAUGCUGUAGUUGGGAGACCUUGCUCUUAAGUUUAGGUCCCCUUUGGGGUGUAGUGUUUGUUUUCGGCAUCCAUUAGCUCAUAACAAGGUAAAGGCUGUUGCACCAUUGGUCAUCUUACCUACUUAGUACUGCUAAGCAUAUUUGCUGAUUUCUACUUGUUUUGUUCUCCAGAAUAUAAGUAUUAAUGUGAUUCUGUAACUUGUGUCCCAAAGGCAGAUUUUUAUUUUCAGGUCUAUAAUUGCCAUGCCCAAUACUAUGUUGUAAUGUUUAACUUGUAAUUGCCUGACUAAAAUCUGAAGCAGCUGAGUACAAUGGGACUCAUAAAUGACCACCUGCAACCAAUCAGUGCAUGUUUUUUUUUCAGGCGGUUGCAGGUAGAACAAUGAAUGUAACAAUCUGAUUGGUUGCCAUGGGAAGCUGCCCAUGGGCAAAUUUUCCCAGUGUUCAUAAAUGACCCCCAUUGUGUGUUAAAGCGGAAGUAGAACCCACCCUCCUCAUGUCAGGAAAUUUACUUUUUUGCACUAAAUAAGAAAAUAAAGCCACUUUCAUUUUCAAA